GUCUCGCCGUCCUCCUUCGAGAACGUCAGGGAGAAGUGGGUGCCCGAGAUCACCCACCACUGCCAGAAGACGCCCUUCCUGCUGGUGGGCACGCAGAUCGACCUGCGCGACGAGGCCUCCACCAUUGAGAAGCUGUCGAAGAACAAGCAGAAACCGAUUACCCAGGAGGCCGGGGAGAAGCUGGCCAAGGAGCUGAAGGCCGUCAAGUACGUCGAGUGCUCGGCGCUGACGCAG